AUGAUCAGUACCCUCACUUGGAAUGUAAGAGGCAUCAGAACUGCUGGUGUCAUUGAACUAAGAAUCCUCAGAAAACUACACAACAUCUCCCUUAUUGCUGUCCAGGAACCUUUCCUGGAUGACACUUAUCUCAACAACUUCAAAAUCCAACUGUCCAUGCACUAUGCAACCUCCAACACCAACAACAAAAUCUGGGUUUUUUGGAACCAGGACUUCACUGGCUCAGUUAUUAAUUCAGAUGAGCAGCAAGUCACCUUGGACCUAAAACAUGUUGAGGCAAGUGAAACCUUUCACAUUUCUGUCAUUUAUGCCAAAUGUAAACCUAUCCUGAGAAGACCUCUAUGGGAUAGUCUAAGGCUAAAAGCCCCUGCAACUGGUGUGCCUUGGUGUGCUAUUGGGGACUUUAAUGUCAUUGCCUCUAUUGAAGAAAAGAUAGGAGGUCAUCCUUACCAAAUCAACAAAAGCAUUGAUUUUCUUAGCAUGAUGGAAGAUUGUGGUUUCACUGACCUAGGUUUCUAUGGACCAAGAUACACUUGGUCAAAUGGAAGAGGCCCUUGUGCCAUUGUUUGGAAAAGACUAGACAGGGGUAUGGUCAAUGACAACUGGCUGACAUCAUUCCCAGCAACAAUAAUUUCUCACCUGGCUUCAACAGCAUCAGAUCACUCCCCUCUGCUUAUGGAGAUGCAUGUUAGGCUUGAAGGUGCAAAGAAGUACUUCAAAUUCCUGAAUUGUUGUACUGAAAAUGCAUCUUUCCUGCCUUUAGUCCAAACAGUCUGGGACAAACAAAUUCAAGGUAAUGCAAUGUGGAUCUUUCACCAAAAAACAAAAGCACUGUGUUCUGAGUUGAGCAAAUGGUCAAGAAGGGAAUAUGGGGAUAUCUUCCAACAAGUCAAGGAAUAUGAAUCUAAAGUUAUUGCAGCUGAAGAAGUCUGGGCUCACACCAAUAAUCCAGUGGACAGAGAAGUCCUCCAUAAUCUAAGAGCUCAAUAUGUCAAACACCUGAAAACUGAAGAAUCUGUUCUGAAGCAAAAAACACAGUUACAAUUGUUUAAAGAAGGAGAUGCUAAUUCCAAGUACUUCCACAGUCUGGUCAGAGGGAGAAGAAGGAAGCUUUUUAUUCACCAGAUCAAAAAUGAAGAGGGGGAGUGGAUACAAGGUGAUGAACCUAUUAGUAAAGCUGCUUGUGAACAUUUCCAAAAUAUGUUCACUGAUCCUGGUGGAACAAUUAGGGAGGACCAGUUAUCUUGCAUCCCAUCCUUGGUUACACAUGAAGACAAUGAGAACAUCAACAAAGAACCCACAAUGGAGGAAGUUAAAAAUGUGUUUUUUUCAAUGAACCCAACAAGUGCAGCAGGGCCUGAUAGACUAAAUGGCAAAUUCUACCAGCACUGCUGGGAGAUUAUCAAGCAGGAUCUGGUAAAUGUGGUGCUGUUUCUUCUGUGGUCACUCUAUGCCUAG